UAAUUUUCCUGAUGUUAAUUUUGCUCGGGUGGGUGGGUGGGCAGUAAAGAGGGGUUGUAUCUCAGUAUCUCUCAUGGUUGUAAAUACAGUAAUGUGAUUGUGCUCUGAUUUGCUGAAAGCAAUGUGCUUUUAACCUAAUUUAUGUGCUGAUGUCCUUCAACUUUUUAUUAAAAUUUAAUUACUGUUCCUAAGUGUGACUUUUUGGUGUUGAGAAUUUGAUGUACAGAGCAGUGACUUAAAAACUGGUAUCUGUGAUAUCCUUGUGUGUUUCUUAUGGGUUCCUACUGCAUUUCAUAGGCAGUAUGGAAAAUUGGGCAAUUGGAAUAUAAUUCUGUGAAGCAGCCAGUUAAUAACUUGUGAAUGUUUCGAAAAAAACUGGUACUUAUGAGAAUGAAAUCUACUUUUUUUGGAUAAUAAUGGGAUGAAUUAAGAUUAUAAUAUCUUAAAGAAUGGUGGCUUUACAAUAUGUGCACAUUUCUGCCAGUUAAGAAAAUGUUUCUUUAAACUUCUCAUAGACAAUUCAGGUGAUGCUGAAUCACCUGGUGUCCUAAUUGAACAUAUUGAACAUUACAAGAAUCCUUGUGAGUGCUAAAAUAUAUAUAUGUGCUUAAGAGUUCUGCAAACAAAAAAAAAAGUGUUAAUCUUCUAUCUCGUUAUCUUUAUAAAAAUCUUUAAAAGUUGCACAUGAAGGUUUUUGUACUACUUUACAGGAAUAUAUUUCUAAGAACAAAAUUCUUAUUUUUCUCUUGUUCUGUACGCAUUAUUUUUAAAUGAAUCAUAAAUCUUAUUUCUUACCUCUGCUGUUUUGUUUACUUUGCUUUUUGUCUCUUAAUGUGGUAAGUAGUACUGUUUUAAAAAUCAAUUUAAAGAGAAUAAUUCAGGUUUCUGUUUCUCGAUCUAUAUUUAUACCUGAGACCUGCAGUUUUUCUAAAGUCCAAGUCACAAUUAAAAGUAAUAGCAUUCUGGUUAUUUUGCAGAAUUGCUCAUAAGAAUGGACAGGAUCUUGAAGGCUAACUGCAAGGAACUGUGCACACUGGAACUCAGUUGUAGAUUUUUUCUCAUUUCUAUUUAUUCUUAUUAUACAUUAUUUAUAUAUACAUAUUUUAGUAUUUACAUUUUAACAUUCUAUAUUCAGUGCAGUUCUAUAUUUCCAAUCAUUUUAACUUACUCACUAAAAUUUCUGUGUAAAUUUGUUGUUUUCGUACUGGUGUGCUUAGCAUUGUUGUUAGUUUUAUUCUCCUUUCUUAAAUUUCUGAAAAUGUCAAUUUUUCAAAAUUUACAGCUACCCAAACUCCAAAAUGAUGGUAGAGAAUUGACCAAGAAAAAUAAAGAAAUCUGUUAACAGGCCAUGGAUGCACGGGUAGUUAAAGAUAUGGCAACUGGAAAGUCAAAAGGCUAUGGUUUUGUAUCUUUUUAUAACAAACUGGAUGCAGAAAAUGCUAUUGUACACAUGGGAGGCCAGUGGUUGGGAGGCCGCCAGAUCAGAACUAACUGGGCAACGCGGAAACCACCAGCCCCCAAAAGUACACAAGAAAAUAACACAAAACAAUUGAGAUUUGAAGAUGUAGUAAAUCAGUCAAGUCCAAAAAAUUGUACUGUGUACUGUGGAGGAAUUGCCUCUGGGCUAACAGAUCAACUUAUGAGACAGACUUUUUCCCCAUUUGGACAGAUUAUGGAAAUAAGGGUGUUUCCAGAAAAAGGUUACUCAUUUGUCAGAUUUUCAACCCAUGAAAGUGCAGCACAUGCUAUUGUUUCAGUUAAUGGAACCACAAUUGAAGGACAUGUUGUUAAGUGUUAUUGGGGUAAAGAGUCCCCUGAUAUGACUAAAAACUUCCAACAGGUGGAUUACAGCCAGUGGGGGCAGUGGAGCCAAGUAUAUGGGAAUCCCCAGCAGUACGGGCAAUAUAUGGCUAACGGGUGGCAAGUACCAUCGUAUGGAAUGUAUGGCCAAGCAUGGAAUCAACAGGGUUUUGGAGUAGACCAAUCUCCAUCUGCUGCCUGGAUGGGUGGAUUUGGUGCUCAGCCUGCCCAGGGACAAGGUGCUCCUGUAAUACCUAACCAAGCUGGAUAUGGUAUGGCAAGUUACCAAACACAGUGAGCUGGGACUCUGUUUUAAAGUGUGUAUUUCAUGAUAGGCUGCAGUUUCCAGUGACAUUCUGAAGACUGGAAUGUAGACAAUGAAAAAAAGAAAAUAUUUAUUUUAAAAAUGGAAAUGUUUGGAACCUUUAGCACAGCUUUGCUUUGGUGAAGGACACAAAUGUCUUCUAGUUCUGCCUUUUUAAGUUUUUGUUCAUGAUGGAUAUGAACAUGUUUUUCUUUGUGUACAAAAAUUAAAAAUAAAGUCAAUAAAGACAAUUCUGACUACAAAUUUUGAUAUAGUAGGAGAAAUGGCUAACGAAUUUGAUCCUUAGGUUACCAUUCCAUUUUUUUUUGUUUUGUUUUGUCGUCAGUGUUUUAUAUCAUUGUGCUUUUAAAAGAGAAAUGAGGUUGGAAAACAGCAAGUUGCUUUUAGCUGAACACACAUCCUGAAAUAAACUGUGGACCAAUCACUACAAGCUGGGAGACAGUAUUGAGUUUUCAAGAAACCUAUGGGCAUAGCUCAAAGGGUAUGUAGGUCUUGGAAUAAUUUUUUUAAAAAAAUAUUUAAUUUUUCUACAUGCUUAAAGAGAAUACAGUCUGAUACAACAAAUAGUUCAGUCUGAAAUGAAAAGCAGUACUGUCUGAGAAAUUUCACAUAACUUUUACUGUCCACAUUCAGGCACAGGUUAAAACUUUUCAGAGCUGGUUUGCUUGUUAAAACUGUAGGAAUUUACUUUUAAUUUUGAGAAGUAAAAACGUUUUUACAAGUAUGUUGUUUGUAUUCAAACCAAACAGUCAUACUUGGGCUUUUACAUAAAGUUUGAAGGCUACACAUUGUAAAUAUUUCAUAAUUACAGUGUUUCAAAAGCAUGCUCAAACAUAGAAGUAGCAAUGUAAUUAUUCAAAGUAAUACUUAAUAUACUCUACUGCUUUAAAUGCAGUAGAUUGACAAGAAUGUGCAAGACUGACAUUUCCAAAGUUGGCUAAUAUGUAAAGUUACAUAAAGAACUAUAACAAAGAGCCUUAAUUUUAAUUUCAUAAAUCUUUAAUGCAUCACCUUUUUGUCAUUAGAAAUACAAAUUUUUUGCUUUACAUUAUUUGGUAUGUAAAUACCUUGGUUAACAACCUUGUAAACCUCUUUCAAGGUUAUUAUAAGUUGUAUAGUAUCUUGAGUGUUUUGAAAAAUCUUGAUGUUUUUUAAGUCUAGAAAUAUUUUGCCCAAGAAUUUUUUAACAAGAUUGUUAAAAACAUCUUAUUUUAGAGAAUAUUCAAUGUGCCAUUUGGUAAACGGAGAUGCAGUUGAAACAGUACACUGAGUUGUGACUUAUUUUUAAUUCAAGUUUUUGUCUUUCUGGGUGGUUUGCAUGUGAUGAACCUGUACAGAGGCUGGGUUGUUUGUGUACUGAGUGUGUAAAUGGAUAAAUCAUGAAGAUGUUUAAAUGGUAUACUUGGGUUAUUUCUGAAUUAUUUUAUGGAUACAUUGAUACAAACUGCCUCAAUAAAUUUGAAGUUGAAAAUGAAUGUAAGUUAGAUAUAAGUACUGUGUCCUCCCCAUGACAGCUAGAGGGUGCAAAUGCCUCAGCUGUGUUCUGGAACACGCCGAGGCAGCACCCUUGGAGCAGGAUGAGUAGGAUUUGCAGUGAUAGUUCAGUGCAGCAAACUUGCAUUUUCAAAGAAACAGAAAGUUUGAUUAAUUUAGAGCUGAUAGUUUCUAAGUGAGUGUCUGAGGAGCUGUACAUUUUACCUUUUCUGUUUCUUACCAUGCAGGUGUUGUGAGUUAGAAUAGUCUGUUUUGAGAUGGAGACUUGCAGUGAUGUCAAACCCAGCCAGGCUGUGCAAACAACUACCCUGAUUGCUGUAGCAAAUCACACGAGGGGGCUUCUCCUCCUCUCCUGUUGACAUGUGAAGUAGUUCCUUGACUUUUAGAUGGGGUGGAAGGUGAGAUAUGUUGGCAGAGCAGCUCAGUCAGUCGGCUCAGCCGUGCCCAGAGGUCCCCGUGGCUCUGGGCACCUCAUGCAAUAAUGACUGAAGGGAGUGUGGAACCACGAGUGCUCGUGGGGACAGAAUCAGCCCUUUAUCUCUGUUUCUCCUUUCUGCUCUACCCAGUGUUUCUCCACUCAAGAUAGGGAGCUUGUCUACAGGACUCUUGUUUUUCUAUAAAUUUUGUAUAUAUGUGAAUAUCUACGCGAGGAUCGGCCUAUACAUUGUAGUUUGGAAAAAAAAAAAACUCACAAGUAAGUCUGUGGUUUUUGUUACACUCAGCCUUUGAAAAAAAUCACGAGUCAGUAGAGGUAUAAAUUGCAAGUUACUUUAGGGUUUCUUAGGCUUCACUUGAAAUCUGGGGUUUCUACAUAACUGUAGGUGUUUGACAUAGACUGUGCUCUGGAUGCAUGCUGGUAUAUAAGCAGUAUGUUCUUACUGAAGAUUUAGAUGAUGCAAGUACAUUGCCACAUAAAUGCCCAUAUAACUGGGUGUGAGAUUAAGGCAGUGAUCUUUCAGGUCUCAAUGUGUAGAUCACUUUAAAUCUGAUUAUUUAAUAUGCCUGCUGUAGAGCUGGGCCGUACCUGACCUGUAUUUCAGGAUGAAAGAUAGGCUAUACCUUCUGAUUUCAGUCUUUUGUCAUUGAUUUUUAUACAGCUUUUCUGUAAUGGUGAUAUUUCUUCGCAGAUGUUCAAGGUAGGGGAGUCUCCAGAGUCCUUUAAUGUUCCUAUAGCACUGCGAGGAAGAGUUGUAAAUUAGAUUGCUUUCUACUCAGUAGCAUUCAUAAAUGCAUCACUGAUGAUUUUUUGGCACCAAAGAGCCUCUUGCACCAUUCUGCUUUUCUGAGUGACACUUAACACUGUUGUAAUUUCUCUAACUACAGAAAUCAACCACUACCUAACCCUCACCACUAGGAUUUGGAUUUCAAAAAGUAUUGAUUUCUUAUGGCUUAAGUUGAUGCUUGCAACCUAACCCAGGGUUGUAAUCUGCGUUUGCAGAAGAUGUUCAAUAAAAGUGAAACAUGAUAAAGGGCUUAUCCUGUAUUGUCAUCUGUCAAAGCAUUGUCCCUCUUUGCUGUAAAACUGACAACAGGCAGACAAGGCUGAACUUGUAAACUAUGCACUUGCAAUCAUGUAAAAGAUGUUUUAUUUAAAACUUUUCCUAUCAAAUGGUUUUGUAUUUUGCAGAGUUGCAGUAGUAAGGCUGUGAAUCUAAGGUUACAUGUAGCUUCUCAUCAGUCCUGCCUCCUUGUGUAUAUUUUUUACCAGUGUCCAGGCAUACUCAUCCUGCAGAACCUUCUUCCUUGCUGAGAUAACUUCAUGAGAAGCUAUUCACUGUACCAGAACCAUUGCCUUCAUUUCACUCCAAAAAGUCUCACAGUGAAUAUAAGGCUUAGUUUUGCAGAAAAAAAAUAGUGAUUUGUUUUUCUUGUGUUUGUACACAAGGAAGCAGACUUAAACUGUAUGGACAUGAUUAGUGUCUGAUACUUCUUAAUUAUUUGACUGUUUUUGAACAAGGGCACAAGUGUUUGUUUUACUCACGUGAAACUGUUUCCUGGUCAGCAAUAAAAGAUUUUGUUGCACUGUUCUUACUUUGCAAGGUACAGGCAAUCUUUUGUUCAAUCAAAAAAUUGAUGGGGUUUGUGAAGAACUGCCUUGUUCCAGCAUGAAUCUUCAUCUAUAGGUACAGUCUGGGGUCUGGAUUGCUGCUGUAAUAGCAAAAGGAAGCUGCUCUUUUGAAAAUGAGUGAGAAUUCAUUUGUUCUGAUCAUAUGUGGUGCCUGUCCAACACUGGUUUAAGGAUUUCAUUUUGUAAUGAAGUUUCUGUUCAUAAAAAGGCAACUGCAAGGCAGUAGCUGCUGGGAAGGUCUUUGUUGUGUUUCAUUUCAGCAACUUUUGUGAAUCUAGUUGAUGGUUUAAAAAAAAAAAUUAAAAAUUGUUGUGCUUUUCAGUAUCACCUG